AUAAAACUCGAAUUUUAAGGGUUAAAGCUUAAAUCGAACUAAAUAUUGGUAAAUAUUGUUUUGUGUUUUUGAGUAGCAGUAAUUGUCUUUCUUGUUAUUAUAUUUUUUCCAGAUCCAUUAAGCAAAAGGAUUCUUAAAUUUGUUGAAAACAUGGCGACUAACAAAGACGAAUGGUUAAAAAAACUUUAUGAAGAUAUUGAACAACUGACAAAUUUUUUGAGGAAGCAUUGGAAAUUGAUUAAUUUGCACAUGAAUGAUUUCAUAAUUGAUAACCUCUGGGACAUUUACUUGGAUGUAACUGCUGAAUCCUCUGAAGAAGAUUUUAUUGCAACCUGUAAUCACCUCGGAUUUAUUGGUUGUUGUUAUAGUAACCAAAAAUGUUGUGUUCAGCAAUGCCUUGGUGGAAAUAACAACACAAAAAUAUCACAUGAAACUGCUUCUUCAUCGCUAAACACAUUUACAAGUGAGAAGAAAUAUUAUGAAGUUCAAAAAUUAGCUCCCUCUAUAUAUAAAACAGCUAAUCGAAUAUUAUGUAAUCAGGUUGUUGAUCUUGGAUCAGGCAAGGGCUAUCUUGGUGAGUACUUAGCUGCAGAGUACCACGUUAAUGUUUUGGGCGUUGAAGGUAGUUCUAAUCACACCACAUCGGCUCAUAGUAUGCACACCAAAAUGAUAAAAGCUGGUAAAAGAAUGAAAGAAAAUGAAUUCUUUAAAACAGUUGUUAGCAGUGUUUCAUCUGAAACUAUCGAGGGGUCUGAUGACUUUGUUAAACUGCUCUGUCAGCAUCUACGUCAGCAUGAUUCAGCAUCAGAAGAGCUGCAAGGUGCUGUUUUGACUGGUCUUCACGCAUGUGGCGAUCUCACAUCUACAGCUAUCAAACUUUUUAUGAAAGAAGAAUACUUUCAAGCACUUCAUAUAGUUGGUUGUUGUUAUAAUUUGAUAACUGAUCACCAAGAAACAGGUUUUCCUAUGUCGAAAUAUCUGAAUAACCAAGACUUUAAGCUUGGUAAAAAUGCUAAGAUGUUAGCUUGUCAGUGUCCUGAGCGAUGGAAAGCAACUUCUCAAACUUUAGGAGAAUCACUUUUAUACAGAGCUAUAUUAGAGAAAAUACUUCAAGACAAAGAUAUUAAGAGAGAAGUGUUGACUGACGUGAGGUUUCGAAGCGUUGGUAGAAAAUCAAACUCUUUUCAAGCAUACAUAAAAAAUGUAGCCAAAAAAUUGAAUCCGCCUGAAUUAAAGAUCACUGAAGAAGAAGUAGAUGAAUACUUAUCAAUGUACAAAAACGUUUGGGAGAAAAUGAAAAGAUAUCAUUGGCUUCGAAUGCAAUUAGCUCCAUGUAUAGAGAAGCUUAUACUACUGGACCGGUUAUGUUGUUUGGUCGAAUCUGGUUUCGCAUCCGCAUCUAUCAUACAAAUAUUUUCAUCCGUUAUUUCACCGCGAUGUUACGCACUCGUAUGUAUGAAGAGUUGAUGUCCAGUGAUAUUCGUGACUUGUGGGUGUAAGAAAGGAUUUUAUUCGUUUUUAAUGUACAUGACGUAAUCAGCAAUUAUUUGUAAAGAAGAUACUGCAAAAACAUGAA